UGUUAAAAAAAAUUCCGGCUCAGAGAGAAAAGUCACUUUAUGCGAAACUUUGCAUUUACCUGUUUGCAAAAAACUUACUCUGUGUAAAUCCCCUAAGGCCAUGGACAUUUUCAAAGAGCCACAAUAUAAUUGUUGUUAACAUGACCAGAAUAUGGCUUUUAAGGCACACCUGCACCUGUAGAGUUAAAACAAAGUAAAAUUGAAAAAAAAAAAGAGUAUCACAGGUAUAUGGCCAGACCCCAGACCAGGCCAAGACAGCAUAUCGAUCGCUUGAAAUUUUUCAUUCACUUUCUGGUUAGCAAAGCGAACAGACGCUGUACGCUCCGGCUUUAGCUCUUUUAAUAUAAAGAAACAAUUAUUUAGCUUGAGCUGUUAAAUCUCUUACGUUCAAAAGCGCGUCGCUCUUAUUAGGUGCUUUCAUUUUUUCACCUUCCAGCCGUAUUGUCUGUCGUCACAGUUGUUUUAUUAUUUUUUUUUUUGCUAACAAGCAAACAGAGAAAAAAAAAACCGUUUAAACUGUCAUUGCCAGUGGAAUUAACCCCAAGUGUCAUCUCAUUUGUAUAAAGUGAAUUGUAUCGGAAUCCGUUUAAUCAUUCCUAAAGUGUGAUCGUCGUUGUCGUAUCGUUUUUUGCUUCAACACCUGUAAACCCCGGAAAGAAAAAAAUUUUAAAAAAAUUAAACGAAGAAAAGAAUAGCAACUGACAACCCUUAGAAUUAAAAAAAAUAAAUUAUUUCACUUUAUUUAUUUUUUUGUUUGAUUAUUUAGUUUAAUUUUUGUUAUCAUUUUUAUUAAACAAAAUUUUUAAGUCACCAUUAUUAAGAAUUUGUUUGAAUAAAAUUUAAAAAAAAAUAGUAAAAUUAUUCAAAUUUUCCACAUACUUCAUUGUGUUGUGUCCUUCAAGUUUUUUGUUGAGUGACUGUUGAAGAAUUAUUAACGAAUUGGAUUUAUUCAAAUUUGAAAAUCCAAAUUGUGCCAAAAAAUUAAGUAAAAUAAACAAAAAAAAAAAAAAAAAGUGCAAAGUGAUAAGUAAAUUAAAUUAGUAUGACAGAACAACCAUCAUGGGGAAUAAGAAUAUCAAAAUAUUUCAUCAUACCCCAACGGGUAAUUCUCUCCAUCAUGGGCUUCUUUGCAAUCCUGAAUGCCUACACGAUGAGAAUUUGCCUAUCAGUAGCUAUUACACAAUUGGUUGUCAGUAAAAAUCACACAGAUAUUGAUAAUCCUGAUAAUGAUGCUUGUUUGGCUGAUCCAUUAGAAGAAGGCGAAUUACCUAGUCUUGGAGGUGAAUAUGAUUGGUCCGAAUCACGUCAGGGUUUAAUUCUAUCCUCAUUCUAUUGGGGUUAUAUUAUUACCCAUAUUCCUGGUGGAAUAUUGGCUGAGAAAUUCGGUGGCAAAUGGACUUUAUGUUUGGGUAUUUUAUCGACAGCUGUCUUUACUAUUCUCAGUCCUAUGGCUAUACGUUUGGGAGGAUCAACGGCUUUAAUUGUUGUGCGUGUGCUGAUGGGUUUGGGCGAAGGAACAACAUUCCCAGCUCUGAGUGUGUUACUUUCAUCAUGGGUACCAUUGAAAGAGAGAAGUAAAUUAGGAGCUCUAGUGUUGGGCGGUGGACAAGUUGGUACCAUUUUGGGUAAUUCAUUAUCGGGUAUUUUAUUGGACGCCUACGAAUGGGAUUGGACAUUUUACUUCUUUGGUGGUAUGGGAGUAAUUUGGUUCCUUAUUUUUGCCGUUCUCUGCUACAGUGACCCAGGUUCUCAUCCUUUCAUCAAACAAUCAGAAAAGGAGUAUCUUUUACGCGAAAUGGGUUCAAUUGAUCGCAAGACUGACUUACCACCAACACCAUGGAGGAAAAUUCUUACCAAUGCUCCAAUGAUUGCUUUGGUCUUUGCACAAAUUGGUCACGAUUGGGGCUUCUACAUUAUGGUAACUGAUUUGCCCAAAUACAUGGCUGAUGUUAUGCAGUUCUCUAUCAAACAAAAUGGUCUCUAUUCUUCACUGCCAUACUUGAUGAUGUGGAUUGUUUCGCUAAGUUCUGGAGUAUUUGGUGAUUGGUUGAUCACAAGGAAGAUUAUUGGAAUUACCAAUUCGAGGAAGAUGUUUACCACAAUUGCUGCUGUUGGACCAGCAAUAUUCAUUGUGGCAGCGUCAUACGCUGGUUGUGAUAGGUUAGCAGUUGUACUGCUAUUUACUAUUGCCAUGGGUCUUAUGGGUACCUUCUAUGCUGGCAUGAAGUUGAACCCUCUCGACUUGAGUCCGAAUUACUCAGGAACUUUAAUGGCCAUUACGAAUGGAAUUGGUGCUAUAACUGGAAUUAUAACGCCUUAUCUUGUGGGAGUCUUGACACCAAAUGCAACACUUCUUGAAUGGCGUUUAGUAUUCUGGGUGGCAUUUGGAGUUUUAGUAUCAACUUCAAUUGUCUAUGUGAUAUGGGCUUCAGGUGAAGUUCAAGACUUUAACGAUCGUCGACCAGAAAAAGAAAUUGAAGCUGAACAAGGCCAUCGAAAGAAGAGCAACAAAUCAAAUAAUUUAUAAGUUAUUUUAAUAAAAAAAAAAAACAGCUCAUUAACUUUA